AUGAGUAAUACAAGAAAUGAAGGACGAUCAUCAACUAAUCGAGUAACAAAACCUAUCGAUCCAAAAACUAAAAAACAUAGUGAAGAUUCAACAACACCUGAUGAUGUUGAUAUAAAUACUAUUAAUAAACAACAAUGUGAUGAAUCACUUAAUCCGAUGCCAAAUGUUCUUGAAUGUCAACUAUUAUUCGCAACUGAUAUUGUUCCUGAUGUUAUACAGAAUUUCUGGUAA